AUGGCGAGGUUGGCAUGUGCGUUUCUGGUGCUUGCUCUCGUGGCAACAACGCAAGCAAGUGCACGUAAGGUUCCCAUCGACGCUGGUCCGAACGACGACGCCUCUGUGCAUGCAAGUGCAUGUAAAGAGCCAAGCGGCAAGGUUCCGAAGGAGCAGACGGUCAUGAUGCAUGCGAGUGCACCGGAAAAGGCGGCCACAGCGGAGGCACCAGGCGGCAGUGUGGAGGACAAGAAGAAUUUCAUCGCCUUUGGCGGUGUUGGCGGGUUUGCAGGAGCUGGCGGGUACGCCGGAGUUGGUGGUAUCAUGCCGACCCUCGGUGGUGCUGGUGGGAUCGGCAAGUUUCAUGGAAUUGGAGGAGCUGCAGGAAUCGGCGGCGUCGGCGGGGUUUUGCCUGUUGGGGGAGUGGGCGGGUUGGGCGGCCUUGGAGGUGGGGCUGGCGGUUUAGGCGGCCUCGGAGGCGGGGCUGGCGGUUUAGGCGGCCUCGGAGGUGGGGCUGGCGGUUUAGGAGGUGUUGGAGGUGGGGCUGGCGGGGCUGGCGGUGUCGGAGGCGGGGCUGGCGGUGUAGGCGGUGUCGGAGGCGGGGCUGGCGGUGUAGGUGAUCCGGCUGGCGGUGGGGCCGGAGGGGUAGGUGGUGGGACCGGUGGAGUUGGUGGAUUGGGGGGCCUACCAGGAAUUUGUCCUUGA